AUGAAACAGAAAAUGGCUUCGCCCUUAAAACUAGUUGGACUUCAGCAUCAACCGUCGAAAAUGGGUUCUAUUACGACCCAUAGGUGCACAGGAUUUGGAAUCCAGGAAAUUCUGGGCUUGAACAAGGAGCCGCCCGCGUUUCCGCGGCGUCCGUUGGAAUCUCUGCAGCACAGGGCGCACCUUCUAACGGCAAGGUCGGCUCUGGGCCCCGCGGCAGUCGGGGUUGGAAUGGGAAUUAUUGGUCCAGGAGGGAUUCAUUCGUUUUACAGCCAGCCUGCCUUUCUGGAGGUGUUGCAGGAGGCGCAGAGCGUUCACCUUCAGCCGCUCAACAGGGCCAGGGCAACGGGACAGCUGGAUGCCCACCACUCCGCAAGCUGUUCUGAUUCAGGUGACGAUUCCUCCAGUGAAAAGACAUUUUCUAAUUCAUCGAUGAGCCAGAACAAGAAAAGAAAGAAGAGACGUCACAGAACUAUAUUUACUUCGUAUCAGCUGGAUGAGUUGGAGAAGGCUUUCAACGAGGCCCACUACCCCGAUGUUUACGCCAGAGAGAUGCUCUCCAUGAAGACUGAACUUCCAGAGGACAGGAUACAGGUUUGGUUUCAGAACCGCCGUGCCAAGUGGAGGAAGAGGGAGAAGUGUUGGGGUCGCAGCAGUGUGAUGGCAGAGUAUGGCCUGUACGGUGCCAUGGUCCGCCACUCCAUCCCUCUGCCCGAGUCCAUCCUCAAGUCAGCCAAGGACGGCGUCAUGGAUUCCUGUGCCCCAUGGCUACUGGGUAUGCACAAGAAGUCCAUGGAUACCCCUGUACCGACCUCUUCUGGAAAACUAGAAGCUCCUCAUUCCCAACCGCCUGCCAGGGAACGAGAGAGGGAGAGAGUGGUGGAGAAAACAGAGGCGGAGGAGAGGAGGAGGGAGAGUACCAGAUCGUCCAUGUCCAAAGAGGAACUGCGAGAGAAUAGCAUCGCUGCACUCAGAGCUAAAGCACUGGAACACAGCGCUAAGAUGCUGGGGACACAUCCUGGGGAUGGACCACCGGGAACAGUUUCAGGGGAUGGAACAGGGGGACAGCCAAUGGAGACAGAGGAUAAAGAGGAGGACAGUUGA